AUGCAUAUAGAUUUAUCUUCCUAUCGUCCGUCACCUUUAUCGAAAAUCGAAAUGAAAAUAGCAAUCAAUUUAUUGUUUUUGAUUCUACUAUUUUCAUUGUUACUAUUGUUUACAAGUACAAGAAGAAGAAAUGAUGAUGAUGAUACCUCAAAUAUAAAUAUGGUCAGUGGUCAAGGUGUAUUUGAUGUAGGAGAAGAAGGAAUGAUUGACCAUGCAUUUAAAUAUCCACAUUAUGAUGUAUUAACGAUAAGAUAUGUUGCAUUGAAUGGUUCAACCAAUCAAGAUUGUGGAUAUAGUCGAGAGACACCUUGUAGAUAUUUAAGGACUGUUCUUGAUACGACACCGCAAUUGGUAGAUUACAAGAUAGACCAUCAUUCCUAUCAUUUUGUGUAUAUGGGUCCUGGUACAUACGACCAACCAAGAGAUUUUAAUUUCCUCAUUCAAAAUUUAAAUCUAUGGAUUAUUGGUACUUCUAUUGGACAUGCAUCAAGGGAUCCUGGUGGAGUACUCGAUCCACCGGUCAUAUUUGAUGCUAGUAAAUUAAGAGGUUCAACAAGUUUAACAUCAAUAUCAUUUUCAAGAGUUAUCAUGACAGAUAUCCAAGUUAUCAAUUGUAACUUUUCAGCCAUUUUGGCACGUGUCUCUGAAGUCUAUAUUUACAAUUGUGUAUUUAUGAAUAAUGUUAAUCCAAUUGAUGAUGGUGGAUCAUUUCAUAUUAGUUUAGGGUUUUUAUAUGUAUAUAAUAGUUUAUUUAUGUUGAAUAGAGGGACUACUGGUGGCGCCAUUUAUAUCUAUUAUUCAAAUUGUACAGUUCAUCAGAGUAGUUUUGUUUCCAAUUAUGCAUCACCCAACAAUGGCAAAGGAGGUGUAUUUUUUGGAAUUGGAUCAACCGUACGAUUUUUUCAUUCUCUUUUUGGUUACAAUCUUUCACCUGCAAGUGGUGCACUAGAUCUAAAUGGAUUUCAAAUUGGAGUUCAUAAAUGUUAUUUUGAAGGAAAUUAUGCAAAUAUUGGAGGUGCAGUAGGAAGUUAUUAUAUCUCUAGAACAUCGAUUACAAGAUCAAUAUUCAAAGGAAAUUGUGCAAAUUAUACAAGUGGUGCAUUAUUUGUAUCAUCUGAAUCUGCUGUUAGGAUACUAUUUUGUUUAUUUGAUGCAAAUGAUGCACCAAAUUCAGCAACUAUUGAAAGUCAUGCAUCAUUACCAUUGUUGAUAGAUUACAGUCUUUUUCAAAAUACGAUUGGUGUAUCGAAUACACAAAUAUCAAUCAAUGACAAUUAUAGUACAAUGAGAACACUUGGAUGUGUAUUUAAAAAUUUAACUGGAUCAGUACUCGAAUCAAAUUCUUUAUCAAUUAUUAUCAUUAUGAAUUCAAUAUUUCAAAAUAUAACAAGUAAUGUAUUAUCAUUUAAUAACAAAGUAUCGGUGGUAAUAGCAGGAACUGUUUUUAAAAAUAAUAUAGUUUCGGAAAGUGUCAUUUCACUUCAACUGUCAACGGCUCUUGUUGCUUUUAAUUGUGUUUUUAGUAAUAAUUAUGGUCCUGGUGUGGUAUUGCCAUUCUACAAUUCUCUAUUUAUGGCAUUCAACUGUACAUUUUAUCAAAAUGUAUGUGACUAUGGUACCAUUUGGGCAAGAUACAAUUAUAUCAUUCAAUUGGAUGAUAUUUUAUUUCAAGAAAAUUUAGGUAAAACUAGAGGAGUAUCAAUUGAAGUAGAUCAAACAGGAUCAAUGAAAUUGGCACAUAAUACAUUUUUAAAUAAUACAGCAUCAUACGGACCAGCUAUAUUUUUAACGACAUCAAAUCUUUAUGUACCAUUAAACAGUGAACCAGUGGUAGUAAACUGUGUUUUUAUCGGGAACCGUGCCUUUCAAGUCGCAUCGUUAUUCUAUUAUCUACACAAUGUAACUCAAAUAAUUGAUUGUAUCAAUUGUACGACCAUCAACAACACUGAAACCUUUGGAAAUACAACCAUGAGAUCGAGCUACUAUAGUUUCAACGUCUCAAUGCCAUAUGUCAUAUUCCCAUUUGAAAGACUCAAUAUAUCGAUACAGGUAUUUGACUAUUUCAACAAUACAUUGGUUGGUAAAACAGAUCUCGCCUUCUUCUUGGUUGCAUGUAGUAAUGUCUAUGUUCGAGGUACCACUUCAUCCAUUCUAGAUCCAGAUGGAUUUGUUGAUAUCUCAGAUCUCUACAUGUCUGCAUUACCAAAAGAUAAUUGUAGUUUAACUUUUCUAUCAGUUCCAACUUCGUCUAAAACUGGAGCAUUAAUUCAAAAUAUAACAUUUUCAAAUUGUCCAAGUGGUUAUAAAGUAUUUACAUCUUAUAUUUAUUAUUGUCUAGAAUAUGUGGAUGAAUCAUCGGCAGUUAAAAUUACAACUGGAAUAUUAAGUGGAGUAUUGAUCACCAUUAGCAUCGUAUUUUUAAUCAUUACCAUUGUCUUUAGAAAGAAAAGAGUCAUUCGUUACUCUAAUCCUCUUUUCCUAGUCAUCACCCUUGUUGGAUGUAUCCUAACAAUGGUUUCAAAUUUAUCUCAAUUAUUUUAUGCUUCUGAUUUCUUAUGUAAAUUUAGAAUGAUAUUUUUACCAAUACCAGUAUUUGUUGUGGCAACAUCUGUAUUUGUUAAACAAUUUUCAAUGUGGAGAUUGGUAGAAGGAGUACAAUAUCUUCGAGAAACUAUUGUAACCAACAAGAUGUUGCUCAAGUUGGGUGCAUUAUUGAUGAUCAUGCCCGUCGUACUUGUUAUAUGUACAUUUAUAUUUACACCAGUCUAUGAUUAUUACGAUUAUGAUUUCGAUACCUUAAAUGUUAGACAUUAUUGUAAAUCUCCAGAUUAUUAUAUAAUAUUUAUUAUCAUGUUGGUUUAUAUGAGUAUUGAAUUAUUGUUUGGUUGUUAUCUUGUAGUGGUAUGUAGAAGAUUUAGAAAUGUACCUGGAACAUUUAAUGAAGCUGUUUAUAUUGGUAUCUUACUCUACAACUAUGUAAUUAUUUUGGCGGUAUCAGUGCCACUUGGAUUUGCAUAUAAUGGAGAUCCUACAGCCGAACUAUUAAUUCGAUCUGCUGCUUUGGAACUGUUUGUUACUACAACCAUUACUUUAAUAUUCUUACCAAAAUUCAACUUUUUAUGGAGAAAGAAUGCUAUCAUUUCAUCGCUUCGAAAACUAAUAGAAGAACAAGAGAAUAGUAUUCAAAAAAAUAAGGAAGUUUUGACAUUUUAUAAUUCCUAUUUGGAUCGGACUAAACAUCCUGAUGAUAAUGAUGCAAAUGUUGUAGCUGCUGUUGGUGGAGGAGAUGCAAAUAAUAAUAACAACCAAAAUCAAGACCAUGUUUUAACAGAAUUCUCAGAUACCGAUUCAAAUUUAAAUUCAAGUUCAAAUGGCCCUCAACAACCAAUGGAUAUUAAUAAUUUAAAUCUUGCUACAAAUAAUAAUAAUAAUAAUAAUAAUAAUAAUAAUAAUAAUAAUAAUAAUAAUAAUAAUAAUAAUAAUAAUAAUAAUAAUAAUAAUAAUAAUAAUAAUAAUAAUAAUAAUAAUAAUAAUAAUAAUAAUGAUAAUGGAAAUGAAAAGAAAAAGAGAAGAAAAAAGAAAAAGAAAUCAAAGACAUCUACGAUUAGGGAUGAUGAUGGGGAUCCCAGUUCACCUCUUGUUAGAAGAAGAACAACACAAUCAGAACCAUCGACUCCAUUGGAAAAUGAUGUUUGGCGAUAA